GAAAUACCCUGUCGAGAACUGACAUUUACGAAUUUAAACGACAAUUUUGAUAUCAAUUUUUUGAAAGAAGUGUGUUGUCCAUUCGGGGAGAUUGAAUCAUCAAAGGUUUACAUUCAUCCGGAGAAUGGCAGACAUUUAGGCGUGGCUAAAGUGAAAUGUCUCUAAAAUAAUUUAGGUUGUGUUUAAAGACCCUUCUUCUGCCAGUAGAUGCCUAAAAACUGUGGACGGGACUCGAAAAAUGGGAAUGCAAGUUUCUGUCGAGGCCGAUACAUUUGGUUGUGGUUUUUUUAAUAUUUUAGGUCGGAAAAGAACUCAACUUUUGAAAGAUUUGCUUAAAAUUCAAGUCGAUCGUCCCAAAAUUUCAUUUUCGAUCCAAAAUUCCCAAAAUAAAUUAGAAAAGUUGUCAAAUCCUGCCCAAAAUACGUUUAUUUUAAAUUCAGUCACUGAGGAGGUGGUUAAGCUGUUGAGGCACAAGUUAAGGAAGGAUAUAAAGAGGAAGUUACUCAAAAACGUGGUUUCUCCCUUGGUGGACAAGUUAUGUGCAUCUUCCAAAAAACUCAGAAGGAAAAGACAUCGCAGAAGAAGUCGAGAAAGGGAUCGAAGGUCACAUCAUAAAGAACGGUCUAAAAAGUCUAAAAGAACUGACAUUUCACGUGAUGAUCGAAAAAGAAAGGAGAAAGUGUCUAAGAGUGAGCAUAGAAAUGGAAGGAAGGAUGUUAAAUAUCAAUCAGUCCAAGAAAAUAAAAAGCAGUUUGAUAGAAAAAGAGAAUCAGUAAAGUCGAUCCCCGAACUGGGCCUUUCCGUCGUUGAUAAAACACGUGAUCAAAAGAGAGAUAAAGACACGUCUAUGGACAAAGUGACUCAGAUGGAAACAACCAAUGUUGAUGAGAUUAAAAGGAAGCAAGUUGAUGAAUCGGAUAAACCUGUCAAUAUAAAACUUGAUAACGUGGAGACGGUUGACAAGGUUAUGAAUGAGGUGACUGUUGGGAAUAUAAACGGACUAAAAGUCCCGGAAUAUAAACCAUGUGAACCACCGUCCCCAGAAGAGGUAAAUUGUGUACAAAAAGUCCCGGAAUAUAAACCAUGUGAGCUACAGUCACCAGAAGAGGUAAAAGGUGUAAUGUAAUAGUAGAUUGAGAGGGAUGACACACGUGUGUUAUCCAGUCCUGAGGAGUAUAGGAGUGUGUAUAAAGUUCGUUCAAAAAAGAGUGACAUGAAGCUGAUAAGUGAUUACAUCACAAAUGGG